AUGGCCUACUGUACUUCUUCCACCAGAGCAGCAACAGUCAGAGAUUUGGACGAUUUUCAAAAUAACCAGCAUACUUUCUCGCGGUUACAAUUACUUCCUUCUUUCACCGGAAGCCCUAUUACUCGUUUUGACUCUUGGUUAGAAUCAUUUGAAAGUAUAGUAGAUGGGUCGGGAUGGUCAGAAGGAAAAACUAUUCAGAUGUUACGUGCUAAAUUAACGGACAGAGCUUUUUCCGUCAUUCAGGCAAUUUUAAAAGAACAUCCGCAUGAUUAUGAGUCAAUUAAAGAAGCAUUGCUUGACCAUUUUCAUGGCGAUGAAAAUGAAAUUUUUAAACGCGCGUAUCCCGUAGGUCAUUCCGAAAAAUCGUUUGCAGUUAUUCUCAUGCAAAAAUUUAUUGAGGGAUUAGACUCCAAAUUGCAGACGAAAGUCAAAUAUAAGGAAUUUAAAGAUUUUAACGAACUGGUUGCAGCAACACGGGUGUAUGCCCUCAGACUAGAAGCGUUGGAAACCGAUCGCGAAAAGCAGGAAUUUAUUCGAUCCAUAGACGGGUCACAAGACACCAGCAGUGCCGAGUUAAAAGAAAUUAAGCAGAUGAUAAUAGACCAAAAAGAAGCUGUGAAUAAGGCAGUUGCCAAUAUUCGCCACGGGGAUAAACCUGUCGUGGAAAAGAAAACAGAAAGCGAAGAAAUUAAAGACGUACUUAAUGAGCUUAUGCAAACCGUGAAAAAACUUCAACUAAAUAAAAAUGACGUCUCUUAUCCGGCAAACGCAGCAUACAGGAAGCAAGUUUCUUUUCAAACGCCUACGGUUAACCAGUAUAGUAAUGGUAGACCGUUUCCACCGCGCUUCCCUAACAAUAGUGGGAAUCGACAAUUCUCAAAUACACAGAAUAGGCCUACAAACGCUACACCAUCGUUUCCGAGAUCAUCUAACGACACCAACAAUAGGCCUACACAGCUGUCGAUAAUUUGCAAUUUUUGUGGCUAUCGCGGUCAUAUUCAGGCAGAUUGUCGCAGUUAUCAACGUCAACGACUAGAACAAGCUCAGCCGCCUAUAUGUUAUUCUUGCCGGGACAUCGGCCAUAAAUCUAAUAAUUGCCCUAAGUUCAGAAGCACCAAUAGGCCUAACAUACCAGGUUCCCCGCAAAACCAGGGAAACCAGUAGGGAUCAACUGUAGCUUCGGGUCAGUUGA